AUGGAAUCCUAAGUCUGUGCUUCAUAGUUGUAUUUGGACGUAUGCACACACGUUUCUGCUCAUACACGUACAUGUCGCUAUAGGUGAAUUUUUAAGGAUGAUUUUUAACUGUUACUGACUAAAGAACUAGCACGAAAUCAUCCCUUUUUGUUUUGUAUAAUUUAACUCUUUUUUUGCCAUGAAUAAUUAUGUGGAAUUUGAAUUUUCUCUCACCUGUUGCCAAACACCCUCUAUUAUAUAUGUAUAUACGUACAUUAUACAUGCGUAUGCAAUACACAUACUAUAAUAGUAUGUAUCUAUCUAUGUAUGUGAAAGUGGACUUGUGUGUCUAUUGUCAACCUAUCAUCCGACACCAUAAGAUAUUCACUAGGAAUCUUUGUUUUUUUUGUUUAUACUAGCAUUAAACAUUACAGUAUAAAUACAAUCGAACUAUUAAUACACGAUACAUUGGGAUAACUUAUUGUUAAUAUCUCUAUCGUUGAUAUUCUUCGAAUUCAAUAAGGCGAGUUGUUGGUGUUUACUGAACACGUGUUCAUUGUUAAAUGUUUUGUUGUGAACGCAUUUAUUCUACAUAAAAAUGGGGAAAGGACGAAAACAUGCGCCGAAAAAGAAUUUCGCUGAGAAGCGUCGUGAGAAACAAAAGAAAAAGGAUGAAUGGGAUCACACACCUCAUCGUAACUAUGCCGACAUUAUCAGAGAAAAUGCAGAAUUUGAAAAUUAUUAUAAAACUCAGGGAAUUGUACCAGAUGAUCAGUGGGACUCAUUUAUGACUAUGAUGAAAAAAAAUCUGCCAGUAGCAUUUAGAAUUACUGGAUCAAAAAUGGAAGCUAAGAGAUUACUUGAGACUAUUAAAGGGGAUUUUUUCAAAGAAAUCCUAAACACCAGUUUAGAAAAUUACUCCGAAAAUAGUGAAGAAACCAAGGAGAUAUUACAUUGUCUGCCAUUUUAUCCUGACUGCUUAGCUUGGCAGCUACAGUUGACGAGGAAAGAUAUCAGGAGAUCUGAAGCUUAUUUUAAACUGCAUAAUUUUUUAGUUGUUGAAACUAAUUGUGGCAGUAUCAGCCGACAAGAGGUGGUUAGCAUGGUACCACCUUUAGUAUUAGACGUGAAACCUUCACACAAGGUUCUAGAUAUGUGUGCUGCACCGGGAUCAAAAACAGCUCAGCUUAUAGAAAUGCUACAUCCUGAUGAGGGAAAUGGAUUGCCAGAGGGUUUUGUAAUAGCCAAUGAUUUGGACAAUAAUCGUUGUUAUAUGCUUGUGCAUCAAGCAAAGAGGCUUAAUAGUCCAGUUAUUUUAAUUACAAAUCACGAUGCUUCUGUGUUGCCUAAUUUAACAUUUACAACACCAGAUGGUACAAAAGAAGACUUAAAAUUUGAUAGAAUACUUGCUGAUGUACCAUGCAGUGGAGAUGGUACAAUGAGAAAAAAUCCAGAUAUCUGGUGUAAGUGGAGUCCAGCUAAUGGUAAUAAUCUUCAUGGAGUUCAAUAUAGGAUAGCAAAGAGGGGUUUGGAGUUAUUAGCAGUUGGUGGUAGAAUGGUAUAUUCUACUUGCUCAUUAAAUCCAAUUGAAAAUGAAGCAGUUCUACAUAGACUUCUUCUCGAAACUGGAGAUUCUGUACAUAUAGUUGAAGGCAGGGAUUUGGUUCCCGGAUUAGUAUGCGAUCCAGGUGUGUCACAUUGGUUACCGGCAUCGAAAGAUUUACAGUAUUAUAAAUCAUGGGAAGAUGUGCCGGAACAAUGGCAAACACAAGUGCGACCGAAAAUGUUCCCUCCAAAACCAGAGGAUGCUGCUAAAUUCCAUUUUGAACGAUGUAUGAGGAUAUUACCACAUCAUCAAGACACCGGUGGUUUCUUCGUGGCCGUUUUAGAAAAGGUAAAACCAUUACCUUGGGAAUCGAGUCAGAAUGAGUCUGAUGCUAAGGAAGGCACUGAAGAAUUAAGCUUGGAGGAAGAGGCAGAGAAAGAUAAAGAUCACCAAUUAUCCUCGGGAAAAAAACCAUUAAGUGAUGAUCAGAAACCUCGAGGUCUGAGGAGGAAUCGUAGAAAAGCCAAGGGUUUUAGGGAGGAUCCGUUUAUUUUCUUCAAAAAUGAUCAGGACGAGGUCUGGUUAUCAGUUAAAAAAUUCUAUGGUAUAUCCGACGAACUGGAUGCUAAAAGUUUAUUAGUACGAAAUUUAGGACGUAGGAAAAAAAACAUUUACUAUACAUCACCCGAAAUUCGUAACGUUGUUCUGUCGAACGAGGACCAAAUAAAAUUGAUAAAUACUGGAGUGAAAUCAUUUACACGUUGCGAAAGCAGGAACGCGAACAAAAACAACCAUUUCCCAUAUAGGCUUGCGUGGGAGGGCCUGCAAAUUCUUAUUAAUUAUAUUGGUGAUAGCAGAAGGGUUCCAAUAAAUAGAGAAGAUUUAGUAACAUUAUUGCAAAAUAAUGAUCCUAAGGCAGCACCCGAAAUAGUGAAACUUCAUCCAGAUACACAAGAAUCUUUAAAAAAUCUUGAAACUGGAAGUUGUGUUUUAAUUUAUGAAGAAAAAGGGACCGACAAUCCGAAUCCAUUGAAAUUAAAUAUAGUAGGAUGGAGGGGUACUAUGUCUCUCAGGGCUUAUGUCCCUUUAAUUGACGCGAUACAUUAUUUACGUUUGUUGGGAGCUGAUUGUUCAAUGUUCGAGAGAAACAAAUUCAAGGAACGCGCCGAAGAAACAGAAGUUAAAACUGAAGCAGAAGUUAAAACUGAACCAGAAAUUACUGUUAAAAAGGAAGUUAUUGAUGAAGUAAAUGCUGAUGAAAAUAUGUCCGAAAUAGAGAAUAAUUUAGAAUCCGAAGAAAACAAUACCAACAAAACAGCUAUUGUCAAAUUGGAAAAAAUGGAUGUUUCAGAAACAUCUGUGGAAUUAGGGAAUACCCAAUCGGAAGUUACUGACGAUGCAAAAGUUAGUGAAAAUAAUGUUAUCGAAAUGAAGGAUAUUUCAGAGACGACCAAUUGAAAACUACCAAACGAAUCGAAAGAAUAACACGCAAUUCUUCGUGUAUGAUGGUGCUCCACUCGUUGAAGUCCAAGAAGAGUGUCAAGACAGGUCAUGUUUAAUAUGGCACGAUUAAACUUACUACAAUGAGAACGAAAAUAAAUUACUUCUACGGGACAAGAAAGUUACAAUGAUCUUAUGGGAAAUGCCGUGUUUACUAUCCAUUUUCAAUGAAAUAAUUUAUGAAAUUACAUAUAUUACUCCGAGUUAUUUUGAGCGACGAGUACCCUUUCCUUUCGUUCAUCAUGUUCGGCCACUAGGAUAUUAUUUGACUCAUUGAUUAUAGUACAAAUAUUAUUAUAAACAUGGCCGGAUGCUGAGGAAUCAUUCAUUCAAAAACGGCGGUCGCCAUAACGUUCAAUAACAUGUUUGUAAAUUGUAUGGAACUCCUUUUUACUACCGUAUGUUAAAUUCGAAAAAGAUGAGUACUUGCUACAACUCGUUGAUAUCCGUCUCGGACUAUGGUCACACGAGCGUUACGUUCGAUUUAUGUAAUUAAUAAAUGUCUACAUAUAUUAUUUUGACCAGAACAAUUCUAA